UGACAACUUUUCCACUUCAAACUUUUGUGUAACCAUCUUCUUCUUCAAAUACCACGCAUCCAACAUCUUAUCUCCCAACUAUUCAACUUCAAAUUUCAUCUGUUCUCUCAAACAACCAUUACUAUUUCUUCUUCUUCUUUUAUUUAUUUAUCCGUUUCUAAAUGGCAAUAUACUCUAAUAACGAUUUUCUAAAUACCACAUAUUGCACAUCUUCCCUUCUAUCAUAACACGAGUCUCAUUUAUUAUCUCAAACAACCACUACUAUUUCUUCUUCACUCAUCUCUGUUUUCUAAAUGGCAAUAUCAUCCAUUAAUAAUUUUUUGUUCGAAGUACAACGAUCCGAACCAGAAUUGGUUGCUCCAGCAAAACCUACACCCCAUGAAUUUAAGCAACUUUCAGACAUCGAUGAUCAAGAAAGCUUUAGAUUUCAAAUUCCAUUAAUAUUUUUCUAUGCACAAAAUGCAAGCAUGGAGGGAAGUGAUCCAGUGAAGGUAAUAAAGAAGGCAAUUUCAGAGACAUUGGUAUUUUACUAUCCUUUUGCAGGAAGAUUAAGGGAAGGCCCUGGAAGGAAAUUGUUUGUUGAAUGUACAGCUGAAGGUAUCUUAUUUAUUGAAGCUGAUGCAAAUGUUACUUUACAACAAUUUGGUGAUGCCAUUCAACCUCCAUAUGCAUUUUUGGAUGAUGUUUUGUACAAUGUUCCAAAUUCUGAUGGGAUCGUUAACUCUCCAUUGUUGCUCAUUCAGGUGACACGGCUCAGUUGCGGUGGUUUCAUCUUUGCCAUUCGUUUUAAUCAUACAAUGUGUGAUGUGCUUGGUUUAAUGCAAUUCUUGACUGCCAUAAGUGAAAUAGCUCGCGGUUCCUUUGCUCCGUCUAUUCUUCCAGUGUGGCAAAGAGCUUUCUUAAAUGCAAGGGACCCUCCAACAGUCACUUGUCGCCACCCUGAAUAUGACCAAGUUAUUGACACCAAACACACCACCAUUCCCCUGAACGACAUGGACCAUUGCUCUAUUUUCUUUGGCUCCACUGAGAUCUCUACCAUUCGUAAAACCUUACCCAUCCACAUUCGUCAGUGCUCUUCCUUCGACCUCAUCACUGCUUGCCUUUGGCGCACUCGUACCAUAGCCCUUCAACCAGACCCGAACGACGAAAUGCGAUUAUUUUGUGUUGUGAAUUUACGUUCAAAAUCAAACUCUAUACCCUUAGGAUACUAUGGCAACACGUCUAUUUUUUCAGCAGCAGUCACCACUGCAGCCAAACUUUGCCAUAACCCACUAGGUUAUGCAGUUGAAUUGGUUAGAAAGGCAAAGGGAGGGGUGACAGAAGAGUACAUGAAGUCUGUGGCAGAACUUAUGGUAAUCAAAGGACGACCUAAGAUAACUUCUGUGAGAUCCUACGCUGUAUCAGACAUAACAAAACUUGAGAUGGAGAACAUAGAUUUUGGAUGGGGAAAUGCCCUUUUUGGAGGAUUUGUUAUGAUAGAUAUUGCAAAACUUCCUUGUUCGGGAAGUUUUUGUAAUCGUUUCAAAAACAACAAAGGGGAAUUGGGAACAUUGGUGUCUUUCUCCUUGCCUGCUCCAGCCAUGGAGAGAUUUGUGGUAGAACUUGAUGCUUUGAUCAAAACAAAACCAUCGAACGAAUUGAAAAAUUCUAAAGGGUCGUUCAUUAAAUCUAUUUUGUAAUGGAAAAUUAUUUAGUUUGUGGGAAACAAGCGUGAGGAUGUAUUGUAAUAGUAUAACCUAUUAUAGUUUAUUGUUGUGAAAUAAAGCAUGUAACAUAUAGUGAUUCUACCUU